GGUGGUUGACUGAGAUUGCUGGCACAAGCGACUAAAAUCCGGUGAACGGUGAAAAUGAUGCAGUAUAAUUAACAAGUGCUGCACGCCGAUUAGUCAACAAGCUCUUUUUUUAAGGAUGUGCUGAUUGAUUGUAGAGUGAAGUUUUAAGGAUACAGUAUUGUGGGUGUGAAAAGUGUUUAUACGUGAAUCGUACGUGGUGGAUAUGAUUAGUAAAAAUUCAGAAAAGUAUUUGCCAUUUGUAUCGAAGAUAUUAGCAAAAUAUACCUAUGAAAUUUAAGAAACCCUACAAAUACAGCAUUCAAAGGUUUGUUCAAGCAAAAUUUGCUAGAGAAGAAAAUUCUAACGAAAAUAUAGUGACAUCCAAUACUGCACAAACCGCUUAGGUGCGUUGGUUAUGUGUGUUGGCAGAACCGUAGAAAGCAUCGAAUUGAAAUAAUAUUUGUUGCCCAGUUUUUGUGGAUUUGCGGCAGACCUACCUGUAGUUGGUAGGUGCGCGCAAUAUUUGACCGACAAGUGAACGGCAUACCGGGAGCAUUUGUAAUAUGCAAAACGUUGAAUCUCAACCAGAAAUUCCUACAGAUGAUUUGGAUUUAGCAAAAGUUGGAUCAACGACGCCUUCGAGCGAAUUGGAAAGAACGGCUUCAACCGUUCUUAUUGAUCUUACGAGUGCAGCCGGGAAAGUUAGAAGUAGCAAUAUUGAAUGUGCUCAAUCGGAUCCUGAAACGCGUCGGAAAAGUAAGGCACGUUCACGUUUCACUUCAGCACUGCGUAAGCUUUCGGGCAGGAAAAAACGUACCACAUCUAAAGACACUUCUACAGAAAGUUCGCUAGCUGGCGGUGCAUCUAUAGAAAUCGUUUCUGCGCCAGAAACAGUAAUCUCAAGCGGUGGGGAAGACACGGCCGACACCAAUGCAACCGCGACACCAGAGGCAAAACCCAAGAAAAAAAGUAAGUUAGCCAGACGUUUUCUAUUGGGCAGUUUAAAGAAAUCGAAAAGCAGCACUAAGAAAAGCAUUGACGAAGACGAUGAAGGGGACGUAGUGCAGGGUAGUCAAGAAGAAACACCAUUUGAAGACGCAGAUGACGGAGAUUUGCCUAAUGUUGAAGUUGAAGAAAGUUUAAAACGUAAAGUGAAAAUAUCACUCAGUGAUUCUCAGCAAUCUAUAGUGCGCAAGUUGGAAGACGACGAAGUUGACGAACAACAACAGUUGACUGAAACGAAUGGCACAGCAGCAACGCGCUCAUCCAGCAUAACGGAUUAUCUGAUACCUAUUGAAGAUAAAGCGCAGCCAAGUGGUUAUGAAAGCGGAGGCGACGAGGUACCUACAACGCCUGCAACGUUAGCGGAAGAUAGCUCGCCCGUCACAUCGCCCGCACCAGGUGCGUCAACUAAGAAGAAGAAGCCCAAAACUAAGAAGAGUGCAAUAAAAGAAGCGGCAGUGACCAUAAUAAAGACAACUGCUACCACCAGCAGCGGCAGCACUAUACCAACAACAUCUACACAAAAACACACAGCUGCAACAGUACAAAAAACAACACGAACAACGACCGUUACUACCGACGAGAAGUUCGUUAUCACUCAGAGUACACGCGAUACACCGCCACGCGAACGCGCUCCUGCCAAACCGAGUCGGGUAGCUACUACCGCGCAGCCUCCAAUAGCAAAUCUAACGCCGACCAGCACCGGCGCCAUACGCAAAACCAACACUCGCUCAUCGGCCGCACUUACUUCGCCGUCAUUAGGGCGAGAACAGCGUACGACAAGUUUUGGAGCAGUUAGUAUAGCAGCAACCGUUGCUAGCAAAAGGCAGCGCGCAAACAGCGGUAAAAAUCCAAGCGCUCCAGCCUCCAGUAGAAGUGCGUCUAACCGCGCGUCUAGCUCUCUUAGCACGGGCAGCGCUACCACCGUAACCAGCAGCAGCAGCAGCGGUGCAACAACAAAAUCGAGAAAAGCCGAUACCGAGUUGAUGCAAAAUCCACUGCAACGUGGCCAUCGUUUCCCCAAACCGAGCACAACAACAAUAACUGCCGCAGUGGCAAACACUGAAGCAAUAGCUGCGUCAAAGGCGUCUGCGUCGGCUACCACAAAGAUAGCAAGUCGCAUAACGCAACAUAACGCAGCAUCAAAGCUGGCCACCCCAACGCCAACAUCAGAACAGUUUUCAAAUAAAGCAACGUUAAUUGCGGAUGUAACUACAGUUGAAGAAAACCACACGAAGCCAACCAACGCUACCUACGUUUCACCAGACACGCCCAACAAAGCAGACGAAUCGGCUGGCACAUUGGAGGCAAUACAAAAGCAGAUACAAUUUCAAUUGGAGUCUCACGCAUCUUUCAAUAAUAAUCAAUUGCAACAAAGCGAACACCACCCUAAGCAGCAUCAGCAACAAAAAUUGCUUGUCGCACCACAACUCUUGGUGGACGAUACCGCAUCGCCUCCACAAUCGCUGCAAUCGAAUGCAUCACUAUCGGAUUACCAGCAACCACCUUCGUACACUCCGCCGCCCCCAGCAGUACGAUCAUUUGCAAGUACACCGCUUGCCACACCAGAAACUCAAUCAUCGUCACAUACCCGUCACCCAUCAUCGAGUAAAGUGAUUUUUCCGGACCCAGACGUAUACAACGACGUUUACGCGGACAAGUCAGAAGCAUUGUUGUUCAUUGCUGACGAAUCAGUUACCACAGCGAGCAGCAGUGGUGCAGACGACGUCGUUUCUUCGGCGGAAAGUGCACAACCAAGUGAUUACUCGGGCAACAAUAUACGCAAUCCCAAUUUGCCAGGACGUGCGUUAAGAAACGAUUUUGAACAAGAAGAAAAAACGCACGGCCCCCCCUUACAGCCAACUGUACGCUUUGCUGUUGGCAGCGUGGUGCGUCCUCAAGGCACUUCCUUCGAUAAUCCUUUGCACGAUCAAAGUUCCUACGAUUCGAAUAUUAGUAGCGACUCGCACAGUGACGCCAGUCGUCGACGUAUACGCUACGUAGCCCAACCGACAACCUUUGACGCAGAAUUCGAGAGCAUCUUGCAAAGGCACAAUACCGUAGACUAUAAUCAGGCAUUAGCUAGCGAGUAUUCAGUGGAUUCCGAAUACGAUUCAGGCGAUAAUCAGAUGCCGGCUUUUGGCGAUUUAACCAUGGAACAGGAAAUGGAACCGACAAUUAUGACCUCCGCGAAUGCAGAAAAGCGUGAGCAUCUGUACAAAAUUCUAGUCAUCGGCGAAUUGGGUACUGGCAAAACGUCCUUUAUCAAACGCUAUGUGCAUCAGUUCUUCAGUCAGAAUUAUCGUGCCACAAUCGGUGUAGAUUUCGCAUUGAAAGUACUACAUUGGGAUGCAAACACAACCGUCCGUUUGCAACUUUGGGACAUAGCCGGCCAGGAGCGUUUCGGCAAUAUGACACGUGUCUAUUAUAAGGAAGCCGUUGGAGCCUUCAUUGUAUUCGAUGUAACACGUAGUGGUACAUUCGAAUGUGUGAGUAAAUGGAAAGAGGAUUUGGAUUCCAAAGUUCAACUACCAGAUGGCAGUCCAAUACCCUGCAUACUGUUAGCCAAUAAGUGCGAUCAGGAAAAACAGGGCAUAGUGACAUCGCCAGAGAAAAUGGAUGAGUAUGUGCAGGAGAACGGUUUCGCCGGAUGGUAUGAAACAUCAGCCAAGGAAAAUAUAAACAUAGAUGAGGCCGCAAGGGCUUUGGUGAACAAGAUUUUACUCAAUGACCGAUUGAUCAGCGACGCCGAUCUGGCUGACAGCGAUAAAUUUAAUCUAAAUAAUUCCGGAGAACAGACGACAUCGAGUGGUAAAAGUAAAUGUUCCUGCUGACCAGUUCCCACAGAGAAAAGUCGUUAAAACCAUAGUGUUUGUUUACAUGCAUACACACACACACAUACAUAUAUACAACUGGGGAAAUGAGAAAAUCAAAUGUAAUUAGGCAAUUUUUUAAGAAGAACAACAACUGGUUUGACUGUUGCAGACAUUUUGGACUACUCAACCAAUUCAUAGGUUCAUUGCCAGCAGCCAGCAGGCGGAUAUUGGCCACCAUUGCUGUUACUCGCGUGCGUUAAAUGCAGUAUCCGUCGAUGCGGAAAAUUGAUAUUGAAAAAAAAAAUGAUAAAAUAAAAUAUAUUUAUAUGAACUCGUUGCAUAAUCAUCAGUAAAUUAAAUGUGUAAUUUAACGGAUGACACUAUUUUACAAUUCGUCAUACAUACAUACUUACUUACAUACACACAUAAAUUUUAACUUUAGUACUUAAGUACGAAUAAGUGAGUACUGUCGUUGUUAGUUACAUGAAAAAAAAAAAACAAAAAACAAAAGAAAGGGAUCUAUUGUAGUAAUCAAAUAUGUUAUGGCAACCAACUAAUAUUAAACUAUUUGUAGCCGAUUUACAGAUUUUAUACGCCCGCAUAUGCAUUUCAAUCUUCACACGCGUAUGUAUUUAUGUAGUCGUACUCGUAUAUUUCAGUGCCUUAUCGCACGUAAAUAUGUACUAUGUAUUUUUAAAUGCUUGUUAUGUUAAUCUUUUUUAUCAAAUAAAAUGAAAUGAGAUUUUUAUUGCA